AUGAAUCAAACGGAUCAUCACUCAUCAUCAGCUGCCCCGAAUGUCUCAACCGAUGUCAGGUUGGGACUUAUGAUUGGGAACCUUUGGAAGGCAAGACUACUAGAGGUAACUCUGAACUUUCAUGGGUUAGGUCUUCACCGUCAUAGGAUUGAUGAAACAGCUUACUUGGGUCAUCUCCAUGAUUUAGAUUGGAAGAGAAGCACCAUUUCUGACCUCUGGACAAUGGCAAACCAUGUUCAGAACGUUCUACUUUCUGAAUUGGAGGCUCAAAGUCAUUAUCUGAGGGUCUUCAUUCAAGGUCUUGCACGGGACCAGGAAAUCACUCGGUACAAUUGUGGGAACCCAUACAAUCUCGCGUAUUUGGAAUAUGCACUUCGAUCAGCCGCAUCAGGCUUGGGAGAAUCUCGUGAAAACUCACUAUUUUUGUCCCAAAUCCCAGUGACAAGUGCAAAUACCCCCAACAGACAUUUCAACCAAUUACAUACAUUCCACUGA